AUGACUGCAGACCAGUUGUAUCGGCGUCUACUUGCACUCAAUAUUAUUGUUGUGUUUCUAUCUUCUAAAGCUUUUAAGAAACCAACUUAUCUUAGCAAUAUUCUCUUUAAUGAGAAACUCAAAAUGCCAAGAAAUUAUGCAGAACAUUUGACGAAUUCCAUAUAUUUACCAGGUCUCAUAUCAAAUAAUCCAAUUGAAAGCGGACAAUCCAAUGAUAAAUCACGGCUUGGUUAUCCUAGUAUGAAAUCUGUACAAGACAGUAGUAUGAAUGAGAAACCUGAUCAUCUUAAUUUAUCUAUCUCAUUUCGUUUUAUUCAUAUGAUGAUUCAUGCUGUUUUACUUGUUUUACAUGAACUCGAUUUGUUAGAUGAUUCAGAUUUACCUAAUCGUGACUAUUGUAAAGAACAUUUUGAAAAUGAUUACGAAUUUCUAAGUCAAUUAUCAACUGAACCUAAUCAAUGUCAUGUGUGGUUAUUUAAACUGAUCAAUCAUCUGAUCGAUGGUAAUUUUCUACAAGAGGGUUGUUUGAAUAGUAAUGAAAAAGUCAUUGAAUU